UAACCAUGUCAGUGCGUUACACACACACUCUCACGUCUUACACAUUCAUACACUAUACAGUAUAGUACAACUACAGUUACACACCAUUACACGUUUCGGUGUUUACUGUCAAAACUACUUAGGACACAUUAUUAUUAUUAUUAUAUUAACACGUUAUUUCGGUGUUCCGUCUACUUAAAUAGUUAAACCUUAUAAUUUUCAAUCUAAUUCACCUUUUGGCUUUUAAUUUUGUUAAUUUUGUUGGUUUACCUAGUUAAUUUUUAGAUUUUAUUGCGUGGUUUAUUAUUACUGUUACUUAGGUAUUAUGUUUUCGUUUUUGAAGUUUUUAAAUUCUAAACCGGAUGCUGAUAAGAACAAGAAGCCCAACAGCUUAAAUGGUAAAACGUUAAACCUAAACAGCCCACAUGCCAGGGCUCUUAAUGUUUUUAAUAACAAGUCACCCAAAUCAAAUGGAAGUAGAACUUCAUUAAGAUCCAAUUGUAAAGAAACAGUAACUAGUCCGGGAUUUAGUUUUCGUAUAGCUCAAAAAGCUCGAGAAAUGAGACCAACCACUCCAAACACGGAUGUAUCAAAUUUAUCAACAUCAUAUACUUUAGAAAAUAGUUUGAAUGGUAGCAAUACGAUGAAUGGCAAUAAUACAUCAAGAGACAUAUUUGAUAAGAAGCGGAAAUUGAUGGAAACGUUAGAUAAUUUUGGAGGGAGAAAAAGAACUCGGCAAGAGGUAAUAUAUAAGAGCGGUGUUGAUGCAUUUGUUAAUCGACGUCGAAGAACCAUAAGUGAAUCUAGUGCUGCGCCUGACCGUGUAAUAGUGAUGAAUGGACAUAAUCAUAGAUUCAAUCAACCUACCCCAACAGUCACAAAUUCUUCAAGUGUCAAUGUAGAAAACAAAAAAACUAAACGACAAAGCGAUUUUGGAGUAAAUAUUUGUCAUCCCCAGAAGAAACCCAGGACUCGGAAUAAUGAAAUAUUGAGCUCUUACAGUUCUAGCAAGUUUUUAUUAACGCCUGGUCAAAAACGACCUUAUCCAUCUGAUCAUGAAGAAGAAUCACCAGAUCGUAAGCAUUGUAAAAGUUGUACAUGCUGUGGUUCUACUGUCUUACUUAAUAAUGACCGGAAUACUUCCAAUAAAAGUGACAAAACCACGGAAACUGACAUGUCUGAUGAUCUAGUAACAGUUGCAGCUAGUCGCAUAUUUAACAGAAGCGGUAAAACCCAGGUUGUGAAGAAAGUAUGUAUGAAAACUAUACUUGAUGAAGUAUUUGACGAUGCAGAUCCUAUACCAUAUACAAGUAUUGAAAAGCUUGAAGAAAAAAGGAAAAAAGCUCAAAAGAAUGUUAUUUCAAUUGAACAGCAUAAUAUUGAUAAAUCCAAUGUGAAAAAUGGCAACCAGUCUGUGGAUUCAGUUGCUUGUGUUCCAUCACCAAUAAUAUCCACAUUUAAUGAAGUACAACCAGCGGUUACUAAUUUAUUGUCUAAUGGAUCAACUACUUCACCUAGUGCUACAUUAAAUACAACACCUUUACUACAGUCAACAGUGCCACUAGCAUUUGGUCUUCAACCAUCAGAAAGUACACCAAAAAUAAGUGAAGGAAAUAAAAAUAAUACUCCUUUACAAUUUAAUUUUGGUAGUCCAAUAACUUCUGCAGUAACAUCUGUUGAGGAAAAUCAUAAAAAGACUAAUGAAGUCGAUGGGAAAGGAAUUGUUGAUCAAACAUCAGAAUCUACUAAUACAUUAGAAAUUAAGACGCAAAAUAAAAGUGUAAAAAUUCCUAAUGAACAAAACGAAUUUCAGUCUUUAGAAAAAGAUAAAAAUAUUAAUGAUAAUUUUCAAAUUGGAGGACAAAAUAGUUUUAAUAAUGAUAAAGAUAAACCUAAACCAUCAUUUCAGUUUACUGUUCCGGCAUCUAAAACAAUUGAAUCUGUUACAAGUUCAUCUACUGUUGUUAGUGAUUGUUCUAAAAUAAAUGAUAGCAAUUUACAUGUACAAAUUGAUACUGAAAAGUCAAUAGAUAAUUCAAAGAAAGAAGCAGAAAAAUCAUUAGUAUUUGGAACUAAAAUUGAUAACUUUUCUAAACAAGUACAGCCAUCAUUUACAUUUGGAGCACCCAAAGCAGAUGAAAAACAAUCAACACCUGUAAUGCAAUUUGGAGUACCCAAAGCAGAUGAAAAACAAUCAACACCUAUAAUGCAAUUUGGAGUACUUAAAUCUGAUGAAAAACAAUCAACACCUGUUAUGCAAUUUGGACUGCCUAAAAUUGAUGAUAAACAAUCAACACCUGUAAUGCAAUUUGGAGUAAAUAAAUCUGAUGAAAAACAAUCAACGCCUGUAAUGCAAUUUGGAGUAAAUAAAUCUGAUGAAAAACAAUCAACACCUGUAAUGCAAUUUGGAGUAAAUAAAUCUGACGAAAAACAAUCAACACCUGUAAUGCAAUUCGGAGUGCCCAAAAUUGAUAAUAAACAAUCAACACCUGCAAUGCAAUUUGGUGCAACUAAGGACAAUGACAAACAAACAACACCUGUAAUGCAAUUUGGAGUGACCAAAGUUAAUGAUAAACAAUCAACACCUAUAAUGCAAUUUGGUGCAACGAAAACAGAUGUCACUGAAUCAACACCUAAAAUGCCGUUUGAAGCAACAAAAGGGUCAGAAAAUCCAACUGCUCAAUCAUUAUUUUCAUUUGGUAAUAAUCAAAAAUCUGUAGAAAAUUCAAAACCAACAGAUUCUGUGAAAUUUCAAUUUGGUCCUUUGAAGUGUGAUAGUAAACCUAUAACAGAAUCUACAAAUGCGGUUUUCGGGUCGAGUUCACAAAAUAAAAAUCUUUUUAGUUUUGGUAAAACAGAUAAUACAACCUUGCCUACUGGUAAUCCUCCUAAGUAUGAUGAUAUCACCGAAAAAUCAACACCUAAAUUACAAUUUGGUGCUUUGUCAACUCCGGUAUUUGGAGCGUCUUCAACAGAUCAAUCAAAGUCUCAAUUUAAUACUUCUGUCAGUCAAUCGGCUAUCAACCAGGGCCCAAAAUUAGUUUUUGGUAGUCAAACAGCUGAAAAUAAACCAACAGCUUCUGGUAUGGUUUUUGCUAAUAAUACAACAAAACCCAUGUUUCAAUUUAACAAUACAGGAUCAAAACUUGGCGAUAAACCUUCUGAGACUCCAAGUGGCUCAUUUCCGUUCACUUCUAACAAAACUACACCAGCUUUUGGAGCCUCAGCUCCACAAGACUUUAGAGAUAAACCAGCAUUUCAGUUUAAUACACAAAAAACAGAAGAACCAAAAACCCAGUUCUCUACUCCAAGUUUUGGAACUCAAAAUACAAGUGCUCCCUUUAAAUUUGGAGGGAACGAUAAACCUGCUUCUUUUGGAACUACUUUUCCUUCUUCUAACCAACCAUUACAAUUUACAAAUAAUACUGAAAAAACAGCAGAACCAUUCAAAUUUGGAAGUUCAGUUCAAACAAGUAAUGCAUUUCAAUUUAGCGCCAAUAAGACUGAUAAUGGCCCAGUAAAAUUUGGCCAAGCUACCGGUACAUUUGCAACAUCGGGAUUUAGUGGUUUUGGCAAUUCAGCACCUCAACAAACCACCACAUUUGGUACUGUUCAACCACCACAGCCAUCUCCAUUUGGCAACAUAACUUCCCCUACUGCUGCACCUACAUUUGGAAGUGUAGCAUCACCUCCAUCUAAUACAUUUGGAACAAAUCAAAGUUUUCAGUUUGGUAGUACAAACAAUGCCCCUGCUAGUUCAUCUACAUUUGCAUUUGGCAGUAAUUCACAACCUACUAAACCAGAUGGGGCUUUUAGUUUUAAUGCUGCUUCUACAACUGCUUCGCCAUUUCAAUUUGGCCAAGGCCCAUCACCAUUGUCAACACCACAAUUUGGAGGAACACAACCAAAUCAAGGAUCAUUUGGUUUUGGAUCACCUCCAAUGACCGCAACUGUUAUGCCGGGAUCAAGUCAACCAUUAUUCUCUAUGGGAACAGCUCCUGCCGGUGAAAGACGUAAAGCUAAAGCAGUUAGAAGAAGACAAUAAUUUAAUAAUUACAAUUUAAAUUUUUCGUUAAAAUACUCUUAAUUUAUGGAGUUUCAAUAUUUUAUCCUUACAAAUACAACACACUGGAGUAAUAUCUUAUAUACCUAUUUGACUAUUGCAUCAAGUUUGAGGUGUUAAUGUAAUUUAUUUCUUGUAUUUACAUUUAAAAAGUUUCAUAUUUCAAUUA